AUGAAAAGGGCAGAUCCAAGAGGUAAAGGAGUAAGAUUAUCUAUAAAAUAGGUUUAGGUUAAGAGUGAAAUUAUUAGAUUUUAUAUACACAUUUGCAUAGGACAUCAGUAUAUCAAAAGUAACCUUUUCGAAUUAUCAUGCAAUUCUAUCCAUUCUCCAUUUUAAACCUUCAUCAUUAAAAGCUCACAAAUUUAAUAAUACCUGAAUAAGCUAUUUAAUUUCAACUUUAAAAACUAAAAUAAUUAAAAAUAAAAUUGA